UUAAUUCACUGAUUGUUUUACGUUAUGUGGUAGUCUUCUCAGUAUUCAUUAACUUACCCUGUUUUGAACUGGAGCAAGCAAUAGUCAUUUCUUGUAUAUGUGGUUUAUUGUCAUUCUAAAAUAUCACGUAUUUCGCCAGCAAAUAAUGCACGAUUGAGGCUUAUGCGUCUUACAGAGGCAGCUGAAAAUCUCCAAAAAACAGCUGCUAAAAGCAUCCAAGUCGGUAAGGAAAAUGAAGCAAGGGAAUUGCUAAUACAAAAGAAGAAGUUGUUGCAAGCAUUGGAGAAAUCAAAGAAUCGAAUUGAGGUGCUUGACAAACUUUCAGCAAAGGUUACUGAGGCGAUUUCUCUAAAGGAAACACAACUAAUUGGACAAGUUGCCAUUCCACCUGUAGAUAACCAGUUGGACUCUCACCAACAAAUUCAUUUCAUCAGCCCAAAUGAAGAAACUUAUGAAAAAUCCAGUUCAGGAAGUUCAGAGACCUUGCUCAAGCAUAUGUUUGAACAAAUUGAUCUGAAACUUUGUUCGGUAGAAGCUGACAUAGAUAAUUUCUUAAGCGCCCAAACAGAAGAAAGCAAAGAAGUGCAGGUGAAUGCAAAACUAGAGUUAUGUGAGAUUCUGAAGGAUGUACUCCGCAUCAGAGAAAAAAUUGCUAGCAUGAUGGAGAUCAAGACAGAUGAUAUAUGAGCUCUGAGCUCUCAGUUGUUGCCAGCUGAUAUAAGCUGGGAAAUGUUGAUGGUACGAAAGUUUCAUGCCUUGAAGAUUUCUUUUGCAUGUGUUUUUAAAAUGACAUACUGGGAACCGCAGCAUUUUAGACGUUGAGGUAAAGAAUGC